AUUUUGUCGUCACUAAUAUUUGCAUGUCGACCGUUCAACUCAACAUGCUACUCACAGUACUUAAUAAAGGCGAUGAGCUAAUAAAGCCAAUUAAAAGAUGUCCAGAGAUCAAACGAAGAAUUCACGAGCUCAGUCGCAGUUUCGCAUUGACCGAACUGAAGCUGUUUUUCUCAAGUGCAAAGUGAGAGAUAAACCAAAUAUUUGGUAUAAAUAGUUAUAUUAUCAUAAAUCUCGAAAAAUGUUCUCGAAACUGGAAGAUAUGGAAGUGCAACAUAUCGUGGAGUUACUAAGAAACAACCAGCUGGAGGAGUUCGUGGAUUUUGUGCGGGACAGACAAAUGGACGGGAGAAAAAUAUUAGAUGUCACCGAAGGUAUUGUGAAGCUGUGGCGGCCCAAAGCGAACGCGAAAAAGUUAAUCAAGUUCAUAGAAGAUUUGAAAAUUAACCCCGAUAAAUACUUUGGUGAAAAUAAAACGAUGGCCAAUGUAAUACCGGUCGAAAGCCAGUAUCAAACGGUAAAGAAAAUUAAACCGGAAUCGACUGUUGCGUCAAUAUCUAGCGUCGAGGAUAUAUUGAAGAGACUGGUGCCACCCAAAAGUUUUUUGUACAGAAACUAUACCAGGACUGCAGAGAAAAGUAUACCAUCUUACCUACCUAUGGAUGUUGGUACAAAGAAAUCGAGAAAAUUCUUCAGACUAAGUUCGUACGAAUAUCCAAACUUAGAUAUUCUAUCAAGAUUUUCUAAACAUGAAAACGUAGAAGAUAGAGGAUAUUACUCUGUCAAAACAAACAAUAGGUAUUACAUUCAGAAAAUCAUUAAAAAUCAUGAUUCCAGACCUAAAUAUAAAUCAUUGACAGCUGCUGAGGAAAUCAUUGAAAAAUUACCCGAGGAUCAUUUUUACGAAGACCUAUGUUAUAAUGAUAUGGUAAAAAAUGAUACAGAUGAUAUUACGGACUUGAAACAAGUAGUUCACGUUAAGCCAUGUAUGAUAAAACUACAGGAAUUGUUUCAGUCUUUGAAAAUGCCUUUCUUUAAACGGCCUGAGGCAAUGGUAGAUCAUGAUAAAAAACCAGUAAGCGAUAAAAUUGAAAAGGAAUCCAAUCUUUACGAGAAUAGUGAUGUGGCUGGAAAUAUGUACGAUUCAGUAUUGAUUAUGAAGCAAUCCAAUGAAGUUGAAUGUAAUCACGCAAAGAAUGUAAAUCUACCAGUAGAGGAUUACUUGGAGCCGGUGGUCCUCAGCAAGGAUUACUGCGAUGUGAACAUCAAGCAGAAGGAAGAGUCACUCCUCGGGUACAUCAUGAGUAUAUUUGAGAAUCGCUUUGGAAUCAAAAGAGAAACGAACGACGCAACCCAAUCCGAGGAAUCGGACACCGAACGCGAACCCGAGAAAAAUCCUCAUCAUCAUGUUAGCGAGAAAAUUGGCCACGACACAGCUGUUGAGCAGAAUGAGACACGCGACAGGCGGUGCAACAUGGCGGAACGGCCGCUGCCUGUGCCAGUCGAAAAUGAGCUCUAUUACAUGAACAUUGACAGGACCGAAGCGGAGAAUCUCUUGAAAGGACAUCCUGACGGAACUUUCAUAUUGAGACCUUCGAGUCAGUCGAAUCACGUGUACACACUCAGCGUUUCUUGCUCCGAUGCGGUCCACAACGUUGGCGUCCGACGGCGACAAGACGGCAGGCUGGCGCUAGGCUUCUCUAGGAGAGGGGAGAGGAGUUUCUCCAGCGUGCCGUCUCUCCUGCGCUACCACAAGAGACGCAGGCUACUCUUAGUAGCGGCUGGAGGAGUCUUGGGAGCGACCACGCUGAAUGAAACUCCGCAUUAUUAUCAAACGCCUAGCAAUAUUCCAUUAGCAAAAACUUAGUUUAGCGAUAAAGCUAUGAGUGCUUUGAAGGCGUUACUGUUUUUUUUAAGUUAAACGAUAUCAAGUGAACUUCUUAAGUAAGAAAUAAUAAAUAUAAUAAUAAAUAAAUAUUACCAACACUCAUACCAAUUAGCCUUGCCCCAAAGUAAGCACUGUAAGGCUUGUGUUAUGGGAUACUAGGGUAACGGAUAGAAUACAUAUAUAAGUAUAUUUAUAUAGAAAUACAUAUUAAACAUCCAUGACUGGAGUACAAAUGCCAAUCCCACAAAAAAUUCAUCACACAAACAUCUGCCCCCACCGGGAUUCGAACCCGGGACCUCUCGAGUCGGCGACACCAUGAAACCUGGCGUACAAACCACUCGUCCACGGAGGUCGUCAUUGAACAAUUCCUUUUAAUUAAUGAGGUGAAUAAAAAAUCUUCUUUAUUCGCACUAUUUUAAAUAUUUCGUCGAUUUAUGACGCCAGUGCACUGGCCUGUAUAUUUUGGAACAAUUCACCAGUAUAGCGUCGAUUCAUGACGUUAUUAGCACUGGCCGGUAUACUGGUAUAUAUUACAGAAUACACCCUAAGUCUCGAAAAAAAGCUACCAACAAAAUAGAAAUAGAAUCUCUAUUAGUCGCGCAUGUUGGCACGCUCAUCGCCUCUGAUCACUGUUUUCAUAUUUAUAAUAUUUAUCCACAUAUUUCUAGUUUCUAUAUUCAUUCGUGUUUUAGUUUCAUACAAGUGCGAAUCAUAUAUGUGCUAAUAAAUUAUAUUCAGUAGUGAUUUAAAUUGAAUAUUUUGAUUAUUUAAUUAAUUUUUCUAAUUAAAACUGAACUUUAUUGACUGUGUUGAGUAUCCUUUUCCAUUCCUUUUAUUAUGUUAUUGUAAUUAAUUAUUUGCAUGCAAUUAAAAACUGCAUAUUUUUUUUUGUAUUAACAUCUUAGAUUAAAUGAAAAGAUUGACACAGAUUAAUAUUUAGGUAGGUACCUAUGUACAAUACAUUUUUAUUUUUGGCAAUAUUACUUUAUUAUUUAAACAUGUUCAUUUAUAAUAAACGAUAUGUAUAAUUAUGCUAGUAUUAAUAAUUCACUAUUAUGUAGAAAAAUAUUGGUUACAAUAUAACAUAUCAAUAAAUUAAUGAUAUAUAUUUCUUUAUCUGGACUACAAUAUUGUUUACUGAGUAUAGACCUUUUAGAAAGACUUAUUGAGACUUUUAUCAUAUAAUAAACUUAGAUUAAAACAAAAAGGGUAGAUACGGUACGCUCAUACUUGCAUCAAACAAAAACUGAUUCCACGGCAGAGCGAACGAGACGGCGCGAUCCGCGACACUGCAUUACCGACCAAUCACGCGACCAGUACUCGACGUCACCACCGAAUAAGAUUCAAAACAAACAAUUUUUAUGAAAAAAUAUAUUUUAUAGUACUUACGAAUGAAAAGUGAUGCCGUGGGUUUUAUUUUUAGUUCCUGAGCAAUUUGAUCACUUUUUAAAAACACACUUAGGCAUUGUUUUAUCAUAUAAACACAAAAUAUUAGCAAUAUUUCUUUUUGGCGUUCACAUGUACGUCGUUUGCAUGUCAAGUUGUGACUAAAGCGAUUAGGGUCGUGGACCACAAUUCAUGCGGAUCACUUUGGUGAGGCUAGUGCCGUAUCUACCCUUUUUGUUUUAAUCUAAGAUAAUAAAUAGGUAUUUCUUGUAUGAUAUUAUGAGCAGCUGUGCUUAUUCUGUUUUAAGCGUACAGUGUGGGAUGCUUUUAAAAAGCUUACAAUGUCAUUAACUUCUUUGAUAAAGAAAACAAAAAAUACCUACCCUUUGAUUACUUUGAGAAAAAAAUGAUGACCAUCCUAUUAGUGUCCCCAUUGCUGAGGCACAGGCCUUCCUUAUGGAUGGAAUAGGGAGAUUGGGCCAUGACCCACCACGCGGGCACAAUGUGAAUUAGUGGGUGCUAACGACUGCAGAUGCAGCCGGGACCAACGGCUUAACGUGCCUUCCGAAUCACGGAGGAGCUCGAGAUAGUAAAUUUUGGAUCACCCAUCCAAUGACCGACCACUUAUGCUCUAAUUUUACUUAGCUAAGUUAGAAAAUACCUAAGUUUGGAUCGCUUAAUGUUACCGUGUCCCGGUUUCGUACAAAUCCCGCGGCGCAAACAGAACACAACAUCUUUCAUUUCCACUAAAGUUACCUAAGUUAAGUUAGUGCGAAUAUCAAAGUCGAUAUAUCAUUAAGUUAUGUUUGGAGGCCCGCGGGUAGAUUUGUGAUUCCCAUCGGUGUCCCAUAGACGGCUAUUAGAGAUAAGCGAUAAAUAACGUGGAAGAUUCAUGGGGUCGACCGACACCGUUGUUGUUGUCGAGAA